CCCCAAUCCCCGGAUGAGGCGGCCCCGGCGGGCGCGCGCGGCGGCGGCUGUGACAGGGGAUGCGCUCCGGUUGUGUUGAUCAUGGACAGUGAAGAAAUUCCUACUUUCUCGAGUCCAAAGGAGGAAACUGCAUAUUGGAAAGAACUUUCCUUGAAGUACAAGCAAAGCUUCCAGGAGGCUCGUGAAGAGCUGGCUGAGUUCCAGGAGGGAAGCAGGGAAUUAGAGGCUGAGUUGGAGGCACAGCUAGUACAAGCUGAGCAGAGGAACAGAGAUUUGCAAGCAGAUAACCAAAGACUGAAAUAUGAAGUGGAAACAUUAAAGGAGAAACUGGAGCACCAGUAUGCCCAGAGUUACAAGCAGGUGUCGUUGUUGGAGGAUGACCUGAGCCAGACAAGGGCCAUCAAAGACCAGCUACACAAGUAUGUGAGGGAGCUGGAGCAGGCCAACGAUGACCUGGAACGUGCCAAGAGGGCAACAAUAGUUUCAUUGGAAGACUUUGAACAAAGGCUGAACCAAGCUAUUGAGAGAAAUGCAUUUUUAGAAAGUGAACUGGAUGACAAGGAGUCAUUGCUGGUCUCUGUACAGAGAUUAAAGGAUGAAGCAAGAGACCUGCGGCAGGAGCUGGCUGUGAGGGAAAGGCAGCAGGAGGUGACACGGAAAUCAGCUCCCAGCUCCCCCACUCUGGACUGUGAGAAGAUGGACUCAGCUGUCCAGGCCUCUCUCUCCUUGCCAGCCACACCCGUUGGAAAAGGAUCAGAAAAUAGUUUUCCUUCCCCAAAAGCUAUACCAAAUGGGUUUGGAACCAGCCCACUCACUCCUUCAGCUCGAAUAUCUGCACUCAACAUUGUGGGAGAUCUGCUACGCAAAGUGGGGGCCUUAGAAUCCAAAUUAGCUGCUUGCAGGAACUUUGCAAAGGACCAGGCAUCACGGAAAUCCUACAUUUCAGGGAACGUCAGCAGCGCCAUGCUGAGCAGCAACGGCACCAAGUACCCACACCCAGGGCACACGUCCUUCUUUGACAAGGGGGCAGUGAAUGGCUUUGACCAAGGCCCCCCUGGCCUGGGGGGCUCCCGCCCGUCCUCGGCACCGGGAAUGCUCCCCCUGAGCGUAUGAGCCCCCAGGGCUUGGACUUGGAUGCUUUUCUCAGCCCACCUCGAGAAGAACUGCUCCUGAUUCCUCCCCAUUGCCACCCCAUUGCUGGAACAUGGCCUGAGAGGAGACCCCGAGCCCACGGCCCUCCAUGUCCUGUCAAUACAGUUUGUUUUCUGCUCUCGCUGUAGUGGACGUUCUCUGCCCCGGCCCCGCCAGCUGCCACCUCUGCUGUGCUUGGGGACAGUGUCCUGCUCUGCCUGGGGGACAGUGAGUCCUGCUGUGCUUGGGGACACUGAGUCCUGCUCUGUCUGGGGGCCAGGCCCAGCCUUGCCCCCUUGGCUUUCCCUCUCCUCUCACUUAGGUCUGACAGAGCCUUGUCCCCUCCUCUGCCCUGCCCCUGCCAGGCCCUGCAGCUGCUCUCUCAGACCUCGUGGAAGUGCCCUGGGGUGGCCACUGGUGGCCCUAGGGCCAUUGGCACUUGGGUACAGCCCCAGGUGCUGUCUCAGGGGCAGCCACAGCAGGGCUGGGUGAGCAGCUCCAGCCUGGCCAGGCCAGUUCCAUCCCCACUGGACAGCUGGACACCUGGACACGCACACACAAAGCCAGGCACUGUGCCCAUCCCAGCCCCCAGCUGGGCCUGGCAUGGCUGAGCUGUUCUCCCUGGAGCAGGUGGGCAGUGCUGUGGCCAGGGGCUGUGCCCUCAGGUGUGCCCAGGGCAGGGCUGUGCCCUCAGGUGUGCCCAGGGCUGCCCCACAGCUCCCUGGCCCUGCUGGCCUCCAUCCCUCACCCCAUUCACAGCGACCCCAUGGGAGCUUUAGGAAGCUGCUGCUCCCCCUGUCCAUCACCCCUGUGCUGUAGGACUGGACUGUGCAGCCUCACCUGGAGGCUGCUCUGACACUUUGGGGUGACUGAACCUUGUGGGUCUUUCAGGCAGCACAUUUGUGUGGUUUCUCUGUCCAUGUGCCUCAGAGUUAGUGGAUUUUUUUUCUGAUCCAGCAAAUGGAGCCAGGGUUGGAGCUGAGGGUUCAGCAGUCAUCGGUCCGGGGCUCUGCAGCUCCCAGGUGGUUGAAUUAAAUGCUGAGAAAAAAACCCCACUGGCCCAGCAGUGGAGGUGGGAUUGUCCCUUUGCCAUUAGGGUUUGUAUGGUCCUUCCUUCCUGUGCAUCCUCUGCUGCAUUUGACUGUUUACAUUUGUUUUAUUGUACAUAGAUUUGUAAACAUAAUACCUUUGCCUGAGGUCUUUGUACAUAACUUGGGCUUUGUAGCUUUAUUUAUUCAGCCUCUCUCUGGCAUGUUUCCAUAGGAUGUACCGUUCCACCCUGGUACCACUGACAUGAUGUGGUUUCAAAAGAAUGAAAACAAAUGAGAGUAAUCUUCCAAAAAUAAAGUUCUUUUAAUGUGGAAUCAGUGGAUUUUGCAGAA